AUGGAGAAACUCGAGGAAUUCGCCACGGCCAAGCUCAACGGCCUCGACACGCAUCCGCCAAGAUCGCCGUCCAACGAACAUAAAUAUUCCCACCUUUCGCAUCACACCGUUGAACCAGCUUCAACUCCGACCCACCAAGGCGGCGUCACUUUUUCCUCGCAGCACAAGCUUCCCAAGCUUCCCAUUCCCGAGCUAGAAAGUACCUGUCGAAAAUAUAUAGCAGCCUUGAGACCACUGCAGUCUGCUCGCGAACAUCACGAGACGAAAGCAGCGGUACACGAGUUUCUCAAGUCCGGUGGGCCCGAGCUGCAGGAACGCUUGAAGAAGUAUGCGACAGGUCGAUCCAGCUACAUUGAGCAGUUUUGGUACGAUUCAUACCUAAACUUUGACAAUCCUGUGGUUCUGAACCUCAAUCCUUUCUUCCUUCUCGAAGAUGACCCGACGCCGGCGCGCAACGACCAGGUCACUCGUGCAUCUUCCUUGGUGAUCUCUGCUCUCAAUUUUGUACGAGCGGUGCGCAAGGAAGAGCUCGCACCAGAUACACUCAAAAGCACGCCGCUAUGUAUGCACCAGUAUUCACGACUCUUUGGCACCGCACGUAUUCCGACAGAGAAUGGCUGCGUCAUUGGACUCGAUACCACGGCAAAACAUAUUGUGGUCAUUUGUCGAGGCCAAUUCUACUGGUUUGACGUGCUCGACGACAACUCGGACAUUAUCAUGACGGAAAAGGACUUGGUCCUGAACCUUCAAGUCAUAGUCGACGAUGCCCAGAUGACGCCUAUCGAAGAGGCCGCCAAGGGCGCCUUGGGCGUCCUCAGUACCGAAAAUCGAAAAGUCUGGGCGCGCCUCCGAGACAUUCUCACGCGCGAAGAAGGCUCGAACAAUGCCGACUGUCUGGGCAUCGUCGACUCGGCCCUUUUUAUCGUCUGCCUCGACUACUCGGAACCCCAGAGCACGGCAGACCUCUGCAUGAACAUGCUCUGUGGCACCAGCAAAGUCGAAAAAGGCGUCCAGAUUGGUACCUGCACCAACCGGUGGUACGACAAGCUCCAGAUUAUUGUCUGCAAGAAUGGAAGCGCCGGUAUCAACUUUGAACACACGGGCGUCGACGGCCACACCGUGCUUCGAUUCGCCAGCGAUGUUUAUACCGACACCAUCCUCCGCUUUGCGCAUUCCAUCAAUGGCAAAUCUCCCCGUCUUUGGGCCUCCACCAGCCCGGACCCGUCAAAGCGCGACCCAGAGAGCUUUGGCGAUGUCAGCACGACCCCACACAAGCUCGAAUGGGACAUGCAUCCCGAGCUCGCAUUUGCGUUGCGCUUUGCAGAAACCCGCCUCGCCGAUCUGAUUCAGCAGAACGAAUUUGCCACGCUCGAUUUCCAAGGCUAUGGCAAAAACUUUAUCACAUCCAUGGGCUUUUCGCCCGACGCCUUUGUCCAGAUGGCCUUUCAGGCCGCCUACUACGGUCUCUACGGCCGGGUGGAGUGCACAUAUGAACCCGCCAUGACCAAGGUGUACUUUCACGGACGCACCGAAGCCAUUCGGUCGGUGACGGACGAAGCCGCCGAUUUUGUGCGCAUCUUUUGGGGUGAAAACCCAGCAAGCCAAAAGGUCGACAGUCUGCGCAAAGCAUGCCAAAAGCACGUGGCCAUUACCAAGGAGAGUGCCAAAGCACAAGGCAUGGACCGCCACUUGUAUGCGCUCUUUUGCAUCUGGUCGCGAGCCUUGGACGCCGCCGCGAGCGAAGACUUCAAUUUGGGUGACAACAAUUCCUCCAAUGACGCCGCCAGCUCCAAUGGACGAUCGACGCCAAUGGAUGACGCCGCGUCCAAUGCGUCUUCUGAACGACACCGCGACGCCAGUUCCCCUCCUCCAGGCCGCUCAUCAUUUGGUAGCAGCAGCUCAUCCGGCCGACGCCGCCCUCACCGCGAAUCCAUUGCCAGCAGCUCCUCGCCUUCGCGUGGCCAACAUAGCCGCCAGGGCUCCACAGCAGGAGGCUCGCCCACCGCUCAUCAAAUGCCCGCCAUCUUCUCCGACGGCGGAUGGGACAAGCUUAACAUGACAAUCUUGUCGACAUCGAAUUGCGGUAAUCCGUCGCUCCGCCAAUUUGGAUUCGGCCCCACUUCUGGCGAGGGUUUCGGCAUUGGAUACAUUAUCAAGGAUGACAGCAUCUCCAUUUGCGCGAGCUCCAAGCAUCGCCAGACAAGCCGGUUUGUCGACGCGAUUGAGUCAUACUUGAUUGAGAUGCGCAAACUGCUCCGCCAAACCGCUCCCCAAAAGGUCUCUACCCGGGCCAGCCGGGUCAGGGAGGUCGAGGAGCGGCCGAAACUGGCCAAGCACAAGAGUCGAGGCCGCCUCAUUGGCGGACAGAGCAUUCCGCCAUCCGACACGGAGAGUAGAGUGGACAGUGAUGAAGAGGGACUCGGUGGAUACGGCUUCUUCGACGCAGGCAUGCUCCUACAAGCCCUCAAGUCCAAACAAGACGAACGACCGAGCGCAAAGGCCGUUGGCCAUGCGAGGCGUGCUAUCGGGAAGAAACUUCAUUUGAAUGAUAUUUAG